GCUACUUCCCAUGCGCUCCCUCUUUGACGUAGUAGGUUGAUGCGAUGCAGCUAGCGUUGUUAUUUAUGUUCUUAGCAACAUCUCUUCUCGCUAACUGACAUUUUUUCAUCUUCAUAUAAUUUAUCCAGUGACGUUUAAUUUCAAAUAUUAUUUAAUCGAGUCAAAGUACAUUUAACCUUUUGCGUCAAAAGUCGUGCGUGUGUCAUCAGCCCGUGUGCGCUGUAAAAGCGAAGGGCUAGCGACCUCGGGCUAACGAGCUAGCCGUGAGCGAAGCCUUGCUGCUUGACGUCAUCGCGGUGACGUCCCGACCCUCUGGAUUCGCCACAGCUAGUUUCGCUCUUGCGGGAAAAUGAACGCGCCGCUAGGCAGGAACGGGUUAAUCGGACUCGCCGUCGGAGCUACCGCCGGCCUGGGCUUGAUUGCCCUGAUCAUCUACAGAGAGGUCCGUAGGAGGAGAGUCCACACUCUGAUGCGGGAGACUCGGCCGGCUCCACCUCUGCUGGACCAAGCGGAUGGAGCUAGGCUACUGCGAGCGACGCUGGACGCUCAGGAGGAGGAGGCCCAGCAGCAGGCUCUGGCAGCAGUGGAGGCUGUAGUGCAGGGCCUGUCCCCAGAGCAGCAGCUGGAGCUCAGGAACCAGCUGGACCAGGUGCUGACGUGUGUGGCCUCGCUGCGCUCAGAGGUGGCGGAGUUGAGGGGCGGCCUUCAGGACAUCGCUGUGCAGAUCAUCCAAGAUGUCAAGAAAGGAGUGGAGGACAGUCAGCGGGUGCGUCGGCGUCGCCACGUUGUCCACAGAGAACGCACUGACUCCAACAGCUCCAGCUCCAUUUACUUCACUGCCAGUCAGGGCAGGGACAGCACUUAUGAAGAGACCAGUGAAGGAGGGUACUCCACAGCCUACGCUGAGUCCGACUACACAGACCGGGACUCGGACAAAGAGGAGAGCAAACCGGAGGAGGAGGAGGAGGAGGAGGAGGAGGAGGAGGACAGGAGCUGUGCUACAGUGCUCACUCUUAGACAGGAAGACUCUCAGGAUGAGGAGGUAGAGGACGACAGGGGGCUGGAAGAGGAGGAGGAGGAAGGUGAUGAGCAGAGACAGCCACAGGUGACUGAAGCUCCUAGUGGGGAGCUGGCUCUGCUCCUGGCUCAGAGUGACAUCCUCCACACUGGAGGCACCAGCCUGAAGGCAGAGGGCUUCAGACUGCUGCUGGACAACCGAGCAGAGUAUGGAGACAGCAGAGAAUUCCUGUGGCGACUGGCUCGGGCCUACACUGACAUGUACAAGUCCACGGCGGACAAGCAGGAGAAGAAGACGUACGCACAGCAAGGGCGAGAGGAGGCCGAGCAGGCCCUGAAGAAGAACGGGCUGAGCGCAGACUGCCACCGAUGGUUUGCGGUGCUGACAGGACUGGCCUGCGAGCACGACAGCAUGCAUGGCAAACUGAAGAGCAGCCACAUAAUGAAGGAGCACCUCGACAGAGCCAUCGCCCUCAGAGACGACGACCCCAUGUCUUUCUACCUGCUGGGGAAAUGGUGCUAUGAGGUCGCCACUCUGGACUGGCUGGAGAAGAAGGCGGCUGCUGCUGUGUACCGGACCCCCCCCUCGUCUACCCUGCACGACGCCCUCGAGUCCUUCCUAAAGGCAGAGGAACUCAGUCCUGGUUUCUCAAAGACCGUGAGGCUUUACAUCGCAAAGUGUCACAAGGAGCUGGGGAACCACUCUGAGGCCACAAACUGGACCGAGCUGGCCCUGAAGACACCCUCCAACUCCAAUGAUGAUGAAGAAACUGCAAGACUGGAGGCUCAGCUGCAGCUCUCAGCUGACAGACACGUCCAGGGAGUUUAAUGUGGGAACGCGGGCCCUGUCUGGCUGGUGAGGCUGCUGCUCAGAUGGACCACAGCAGCCAGAGUUCUCAGUCUGAGCUGUCGGAUCAGCCCUGAGAUUCUGCGUGUGCUCUUCGGUCAUUGUGAAUUGAACGGGACUCAACUCAUGCUUAUUUAUUUUUUAAUAACUUAAUUCUGACUUAUUAUUGUAUGUGUUAAUACAUCACUGACAUUUUUAGACAUCCGACAGUGAGCUUUGGUUGCUACCUGAGUUUGCUCUAUAAAAGGAGCUGAGUCAACAAGCACAGCCCUCGAGGAUUCUUUUAUCGUUGCUAAAGAAGAUAAUUGGGACUAGAGUUGGAGUAAAUUCUUAUAAAUUAUUAUUAUAAUACUAAUUGGUGAACACUGUUCACAAGCCACAAAGUUACGACAAUGGGCAGAACGGAACGAUAGUGAAAGACUUAUUGUAGUAAGAGAAGCAAAACCUGUCCUGAACCAGUUCUUGUGCUGCGUUUGCCUAACGAGCGCUUGAACCUGACCUUUUAACCACCGUUGAUCACCGAUGGAUUCAUUCGGGUGCUUUUGUUUGGCUGAGUAGCCACUGGGCUACACGCUGACACGUGUGAGGGUGAUGUGGGAACACUUUGUUCAUAGAUGAUUUCAGAGCUUUUAAGGGAAGACCUGAAGCCAGUGCACUUAAUGUGUUUGACCAUGACUAGCUGUGUUUACACAUACAUCUCAGACUACGUGUUGUUUUGUGAGGUGAAAUGAAGCUGCAGUUGUUAAGUUAAUAAGGUUUUCUCUACUAUAAGUCACUGCUGUGAGGUAAUAGUGGAUCAAUUAUGUUAAACUCACUAUAUUCUUACUGAAGGUAACGUGACUCAUGGAUAUUUAAUAAAGUUAUUUUUUGUA